CUUGUGACGUCACUGGCCCGCGGCCCCGCCCCCCGCGCGACGGCGAGGACGCCAAGAUGGCGGCGAGCGGCUGUUGUGGCUGCGAGCUGGGCCUGGGCGGCGGGUCUCGGCCCAGAUUCCCUUAAUGGGAUGAGAAGAGAGCAAAGCAGACCCUCCCUCCAACACUUGUGCUGCCAGGGCUCGAACCCGGGGCCUCGCGUCUGAGAGUCCAGUGCGCUGCCCUCUGCAUCCCCUCUCCGUGGGGCUGCCCUGGGGUUCUCGUCGUCUCUCCGGGGUGGGGUCUGGCUCCCAGGAGCUGAGCUAGAGAAAACUAAAAAAGUGAAGAAAGGGACCAAAGACAGAGAGCUCACAAGCCAGGGAAUCUGCCUCACCAGGCUUGUGGCUCAGGUUCGAGUCCUGACACCACAAAGGAGGCGCCACAGCACUGGGGGGAACUCUGGAGCGGCAGAGGGUGGCGGAAGGUUCGAGAACCUUGCAGGAGAGCCAGAUUCCGCAUGUGGGACUCCAGGUGGUGCCUACAAUCCCCACCUUGCUGCUAAGGCCCUGCCCAUCCUCCAUGGGGCUCUCCAGGACCCUCCCUGCCACAGGAUGGAUGCCCCCCAUCUCACCACAUUGUCGCUCUGCCCUCCAGGACCCCCGGCCUGUGACGAAGCCGAGUCCCCCAUGGCCAGCCCCACCUGCUCACCAACCCCCCAGAUGCAGCUCCCAGCAGAGCCGAUCUCCCCGGACCCAUCCCCGCCGCCCCAGGACCCCCAUGUCUGGCAGCCCAGGGCCAGCACCCGGCUGCGACCCGUCUUCUUCUGUGACCUCUGCGGGGUUGGCUGCGCCGGCGCUCAGACCUACCGCGAGCAUCUGGAUGGGCAGCGACACCGCAAGAAGGAGGUGCUGGCCACUUUGGGGGAUCAGCUGACCUGUGACCUGUGCCACGUGGCCUGCACUGGCCCCCGCGCCCUCGCUGCCCACAUCCGGGGCGCCCGGCACCAGAGGGCCCUCCGGCGGUACAGCGACCUGGAGGAGCCUCCCGCAGAGCUGAGGAGCCUGGGAGGGCGCGGCCAGCAGGGGCCUCCUGACAGCCCGGCAGACCACGGACCCUCCAGACAGACAGCGGAGGGACCCAGAGUGCAGGCCCCGCGUAACGAGGCGGGGGAGGCUUCCGGAAGCGACUCGGCGCCCCUGGGCCUGGAGUUCGUGGAAGAGGUCCGGGACGGCCGGGGCCGGGUGCUGCGUCUGCGCUGCUCCUUGUGCGCCUGCAGCUUCAACGACCGACAUGCCCGGGACCUGCACCUGCGCGGCCGGCGCCAUCGGCUGCAGUACCGGGAGAAAGUGGACCCUGAGCUCCCGCUGAGCGGCGCCCCGAGCGCGCGGACCUGCAGACGCCUGGACGAGCAGCUGCGGCGGCAGAGGCGGCAGAAACGGAGGCGGCUGGAGGCCUUGAGACACCUGCACAGCCAGGCGCGGAUCCAGGACGUGCUGCGGAGCCGGGAGCAAGAGCCCGGGGACCCAGGCCGCGCGCCCCCCUCAACCAGCUCGGAAGACCCCGCUGCCGCCUGCUCCUGGCCCCCGCGGCCGCCCCCCCAGCAGCCGCCCCGGCGCUGGGAGUCCCGGGAGGACCGGCACGCGCUGAGCCGCCACGCCGCCAUCUACCCCGCGGAGGCGGAGCUGCGCGCCGUGCAGAGCGCCGUGGAGCACACGGAGCGCGCCCUGCGCCGGGUGUCGGACCAGCUGGCCCUGGACAGCGGCUGCGACAGCAGCGACGGGGACGUGGCUGCCUCCCUGAGGGUCCUGAAGGGUGUGAUGCGUGUGGGGACCUUGGCCAAGGGGCUGCUGCGGCCGGGCGCCCAGCAGGUGCAGCUGCUUCUGCUCUGCUCCCAGAAGCCCACGCGCAGCCUGCUGCGGACUGUGGCUGAGCUGCUGCCCCAGGAGCUCCCGGCCGUGACCGAGGCCGAGUACCGGGUCUCCCAGGACGCCGAGGCGGCCAUCACUGUGGCCUCGUGCGAGGAGCCCCACGUGCAGGUCACCGUGUCCCUCACGUCGCCCCUGAUGCGAGAGGACCCCUCCACACCCCCAGGAUCCCGGGCAGCCUGCUCUGACCCCGAGGACAUCCUGAACCCCGACAAGUGUCUGCAGGACCUGAAGGCCCUCCGCCAGGCCAAGUGGUUCCAGGCCCGGGCCAGUGGGCUGCAGCCCUGCGUCGUGGUCAUCAGGCUCUUUAAGGACUUGUGUCUGCGGACCGCCCCCUGGGCACCCCUGCCUGCCUGGGCCCUGGAGCUGCUGGUGGAAAAGGCGCUGAGCAGUGCGGCGCGGCCCCUGGGCCCCGGGGACGCCAUCAGACGAGUCCUGGAGUGCGUGGCGGCGGGGACGCUGCUGCCUGACGGGCCCGGCCUGCAGGACCCCUGCGAGAGAGAGCUCACGGAUGCCCUGGGGCCCAUGACCGCCCAGGAGCGGGAGGAGCUCACGGCCAGCGCCCAGCAUGCCCUGCGCCUGGUGGCCUUCCGGCAGAUCCACCGGGUCCUGGGCAUGGAACCCCUGCAGCCCCCCAGGAGCCGGCUCGGCGCGCGAAUGCGGAAGCGGUUGCGGGAGGCUGGAACCCAGGCCUCGGACCCGGGGCCGGUGGCCAGCAAGCAGGCUCGGCCCGGGGGCGAGGGGGAGCCCUGAGCUGCGGGGCCCGAGGAGGCUCUGGAAGAGGCGGGGGCGUCGGGAAUAAAGGCACUGAGCCCCUCUUG